GUGCGCGCGGCGCGAAGCAGGAAGCGAACGCGCUCCAUUUCCGCUGCAGCAGCGAGAAACCAACGGGCACGUCAAAAAAAAAAAAAAGAGAAAGAAAGAAAAGAAAAGGGAAAUGUGGACAGUUUGGACAAACUAAGGCGAGAGGAGGACCGUCGAGUGACACAUAUCGUGUUUGUGGAGCUCAGGUACAAGGCGGCUGUUUUAUAAAGUUCCCCCGGCGAAUUAUUUGACAGUUUAAGGGUCGUUUCGAGGUUAACUCGCCCCCCCUUCCCACCACAUCUUGUUCUGUGGCGGACCGCUUUGAGGAAGCAGCUCGUCAGAGAUGGGGACGAGAGCAAGCCGUCUGCAGGAAGACCCGGUCCCCUCUGCGUUCGGCAAAGAUGGCACCAAGCGGGACUCCUGUCGGCGACCCCGCUGCAGCAGGCCCACCAGCCUCAUGGUGGACUUCUCCGGCAGCUUCGAGGACGCGGAGGCCAACCGGAGCCGAUCGGAGGAGGGCAGCGACUCGGACCCGGGGCAGCACGGGGCGAGCGCGGACUGCAGCCCCGCGGACCACCACGGCAUCCCGUCUGGCGUCGGCCAAGCGUCCCCCGCGGAUGAUGAUGAUGAUGACGACGACGUCGCCAGCGUGGGGAAACCCGAGGAAGACGGGAACAUAAGCCUCGAGCCCCCCGCGGUAGCGGAGCAUCAGUCCGGAGAGGAGACAGGCCGCACGCCCCACCGCACUUUUUCCGAGCGGCUGCCCGGGAAUCGGCACUCUUCCGCCCGCAGCGUGGGCGCGAGAUCCGCCCGGGUCCGAGGCACGCACCAGCGACCGGUGUCCGAGGCUUGGAUCGGCCUUUACCGUGUUAACAACCGCCAUGGCAAUAUCCGCUGUCCCUUCUGCUCGAAGCCCUUCCCGGGGGGUCGGAUCGAGGAUCACCUGUUGAGCUGCCUCACGUCUCCUCCCCUACCAUAUAAUACGGAUGUGCUCAGUAAAGACAGCGGAGAGUGCGCCAUCUGUUUGGAGGAUCUGGUCCAGGGAGAGACCAUCGCCAGGCUGGCUUGCCUCUGCGUCUACCAUAAGAGCUGCAUUGAUUCCUGGUCCAAGGUGAAACCCUGCUGCCCCGAACAUCCCUUUGAUUGACUCGUGGGUCACAUGUAUUCUGCACAGUGACCUACCGACUCGGGAGACUACACUGAAUCCCAAUAAAGUCCCAAUUAAAAAUGUGUAAUUGAACAAAUAAAAAGCCCACUGGAUCCUACGAAGAGGCUCCCGUUAGCGACGCCCCGUUUGGAUCGGUCCGAGUCGAGACCAUUUCAUGUAAACAGCUGCUUCGUCUCCAUCGAGUCUCUGGCCGAGACUCUGGUUGGAACGCACGUGGAGAAGGUUUUUUCCUUUUCUAUGUUUCGUAAUCUGCGGGAACAUUUUCAUCCCAGAAUGAUGGAACUCAUCUUAAAAUAUAUAUAAAAAAAAAAAAGGUGAACUGUGACUCUGCAUCCUCUCCUGUGUAGUUGUUAUCACGUAUCGUUCCAUGUCAUACAUCGGAUGAAUGUUUUAUUCCUUCGGCGAUCCCCCAAAAUGAACCAUCCUCUUACCGAAAGCGUGAACCGUAACCACAUUGCUUUAUUUUGAACCGGCUGGAGGUUGAGGGCUUGUUUUUUUUGGUGACUGGGGGGGGGGGCUGCCGUUAUUAGGUGUUUUCUUUUUUUAAAUAUAUAUUACCUGUACGCAUUUCAGGGGAAGUUUGGGGGCUAAUUGUAUUUUUUUUUUAAAAAGUGGGUCAGUUCUUUUGUAGGUGGUUAGUUGGCGCUGAGUUUUACGUGCUGCUACUUGCUGAGUGUUUAGGGCGGUUGUGGGUAUUUCAUAGGGCCAUAGUAGCGCUGGUGUUGGCACCAAUUUGAGCACUUUUGUCCUGCAGGGCUGACUUAUUUAAUUUUUUUACACAUGCGGUCUGGGAUAAAGUUGUGUAUGCGUGUCUUCAAAUGACCAGGAACAGGAAGUGAUCUGAGCGUGACUGUGCAUUCAGGAAAGUGUAUGUGUGUGUGUGUGUGUGUUUAAUGUAAAUAGCCCCGACGUCUUCUUGGUCAAGCGGGUCACCCUUUUUUAUAUUUUGAUGCUAUUUUUUGUUAAACUAAAGUCACGCUGGCAAACAUCCUGUUUACACGUGGCAUUGGUACGCAACGAGGCGGCUCACCCCCGUUGUACUUUUUUAAAAUCUUUUUUGUAUUUUUUAAUAUUAUUCGGUCCCCACCUCUACCCUUCUCCCGCCUCAUUCCCAAACACUCUCUUGGGGUGUGUUACAGAUUUUUUUUUUUUUUUUUUUUGGUCCAGAUCCCAAGUGACAGUUCUUGCCAUCUGGUUUCAUUAAUGCCAUAUUGGGGUGGGAUAAAGGGGUGGAUGGGUUGAGGGAUGUAUUUGUUUUGGGGGGCAUGUUUACACCAUGUGUCAUCUGCCUCUUUUCCCCCAACACUGGAGGCUACGGACAGCUGAUGGUUAAUUAUUACAUAACUAACCCCCACCCUUUUCUGCCUUUAAAAAAAAAAAAA